CAGAGUCGGUUAAUCCUCAUAUAUAUUUUGUGAUUGCUUAGCACGCUAAUAGGUUGCAUCACUCUUGAAUACCACCUUCCAUCUUACAAAUUUUUGCAUAUUCUACGAUGGCCGACGCAACAGAUUCUGCUACAGAGGCGACGUCUGAGACCACCAACGCUGUAGAGGCCCCAGAGGCGACGUUUAAGACCAAGCAGUCGCAGGAGGCCGAGCCGAAGCGUUCAUGGGGUGACGAAGUAGACAAUGCCCCUGAUGAGGAGCCAAGCGCCUCAACGGCGUCCGAAGAAAAAGUCGUCUCAGAGCUCAACGUCGAGGGAUUAACGAUUGAAGAAGAGGAGAAGAUCAAUACAUUUCUCGAUGAGCCAGAAGACUCUAACGUCACAGCAGUUACAUCUGAUAAAACACCAUAUACAUCAGCAAAGACAUUUGAAGAUUUGAAUUUGUCCCCAGAGCUGCUGAAGGGUAUUUAUGUAGAGAUGAAGUUUCAGAAGCCUAGUAAGAUACAAGCUAUCAGCUUGCCAAUGAUAUUGACUCCUCCAUACAAAAAUUUGAUCGCUCAGGCACAUAAUGGCUCCGGUAAAACUACCUGUUUUGCACUAGGAAUGUUGAGUCGUGUUGAUCCAAAACUGAAGGCUCCUCAGGCACUCUGCAUUUGUCCUACCAGAGAAUUGGCUAUUCAGAAUUUGCAAGUUGUCUCGAAAAUGGCGAAGUACACUGGGAUAAGCUCAGAAUGUGCUGUGCCUGAAGAGUUUCCACCUUCAAAAAUUGCUGUGAUGACUCAAAUCGUUAUUGGUACACCUGGUACAAUCAGGAAAUGGAUGACAAUUGGGAAACUGAGCUUAAGGUUUAUGAACAUUCUGGUUUUUGAUGAGGCUGAUCACAUGCUGGAUGAGGAUGGUUUUAGAGAUUAUUCCUUGAGAAUAAUGAGGGACAUCAGAAAAAGCAGUGCUCACUGCCAGGUUCUUCUGUUUUCUGCCACAUUCAAUGACACUGUCAGGAACUUUGUAACAAGGAUAGUUGAAGAUUACAAUAAACUCUUGGUGAAGAAAGAAGAACUAUCAUUAGAUUCGGUAAAGCAGUAUAAGGUAUACUGCCCUGAUGAAUUAGCGAAGGUUAUGGUGGUUAGAGAUCGGAUAUUUGAACUAGGAGAAAAAAUGGGGCAGACAAUCAUAUUCGUGAGUACAAAACGUGGUGCCAGUGACUUGCAUAAGGCACUUGUUGAGCUUGGCUAUGAUGUUAGUACGAUCCAAGGUGGUCUUGACCUGGGUGUGCGUGACAAAAUAGUCAAAGAGUUUAAGGAUGGCUUAACUCAAGUUCUUAUAUCAACUGAUGUUCUUGCCCGUGGUUUUGACCAGCAGCAGGUUAAUUUGGUUAUCAAUUAUGAUCUUCCCAAGAAGUUUGGUAUGUGCUCAGAGCCUGAUUAUGAGGUGUAUUUGCAUAGGGUUGGUAGAGCAGGGCGAUUUGGUCGCAAAGGAGCUGUCUUCAAUUUGCUUAUGGCGGAUGAGACAGCUUUAAUGGAAAAAAUUGAGAAGCAUUUUGGGAGCCACGUUAUGGAGGUUCCAUCCUGGAAUAAUGUCGAGGACUUCAAGGUUGCUCUUAAGACUGCUGGUUUACUGUAAGAUCCACAUGAUGAGGACUUAAUGGGGUGCUCUCAAGGCUACCGGAAUAGUGUGAUUAGGAAGGCUCUGCUGAUUUACUGCGGUGCUGUAAUCUAUGUGAUACUGUUAAGAGAGCUUGAAGGAAGAAGUUACCUUAUUGUACCAGUCUAGCGAACAUGAUUUUUGAGUGUUUGCACUUGUGAAUGAGGUUUUGUCUUCCUUACUAAUGGCGGGCGUUGUUUGGAAUUUGAUGCCUUAUAUUUCUCUCGAGCAUCCGAAUAGGCUUUCUUUUGUA